AUGAGGCCUGAGAACCAGAGCAGUGUGUCCCAGUUCUUCCUCCUGGGGCUCCCCAUCCCACCAGGGCAGCAGGGCGUGUUCUUCACCCUGUUCCUGGGCAUGUACCUGACCACGGUGCUGGGCAACCUGCUCAUCAUCCUGCUCAUCAGGCUGGACUCCCGCCUACACACGCCCAUGUACUUCUUCCUCAGCCACUUGGCCCUCACUGACGUAUCCUUCUCCUCUGUCACUGUCCCUAAGAUGCUCAUGAACAUGCAGACUCGGCAACAAUCCAUCUCCUAUGUGGAAUGCGUUUCUCAGUUGUAUUUUUUUAUACUUUUUGGUUGUCUUGACAACUUUCUUCUGGCUGUGAUGGCAUAUGACAGGUACGUGGCCAUCUGUCACCCUUUGCACUAUUCCACAAUCAUGAGUCAGGCACUGUGCACGUUGCUGGUGGCUGGAUCCUGGAUGGUUAACUGUGUUCAUGCUCUUACUCAUACCCUCCUCUUGGUCCGACUGUCCUUCUGUGCUGAAAAUAGCAUCACUCACUUCUUCUGUGAGCUCACAGCACUCCUGAAGCUGAGCUGUUCAGACAUCUCCCUCAAUAAUCUGGUCAUCUUCAUUGAGGGAGGUAUGCUUUACUUCCUGCCAUUGAGCAUUGUUUUGGGCUCAUACAUUUGUAUAGCAACUAUUAUCCUGAGGGUGCCCUCUGCUAAGAGAAUCUCUAAAGCCUUGUCUACCUGUGGCUCCCAUCUCUUUGUUGUGUCUUUAUACUAUGGGACACUUGCUGGUAUUUACUUUUUCUCCUCAUCAUGGGGUUCCAAGGACAUAAUUGCUUCAGUCAUGUAUGCAGUAGUUACCCCCAUGCUGAACCCUUUCAUCUACAGCCUAAGGAACAGAGAUAUAAAACAGGCCCUAGAGAUGUGUACGAAUAGAGUUAACUUUUUAAAGUGACAAU